GGAGACCCGAAACCACGCGUGCCGCGCCCCGAUUGGAUCCCCGACCCGUGCGUGCUGUGCGGCGGUUUCACCAGAUCCCACGUCCGUCGCUGAGAUAGGCAGGCAGAGGGUAUAGAGGAAGGUCAGGAGGAGAAGAGAGAAGAGGAGGUCGUCGCGCGGUGGCCGGCUCUGUUCUUCCCUCCCGCUCCGGUUCUCGCAGUCACAUGUCGUGUGACGCGGGGGGAGUUCUGAUCCGGAUGGUCCAGCGCCGCGGGAACGCCCACGGCCAUGAUUGAUCACGAACGCGCAGAGGAAAUGCAAGUUAAUAACGAGGCACUUCCAGGGUGCCUCAAGCCAAAUAUUUCUCAGUAUAACCCUCAAGAGCACAGGGGUGUCAUUGAAGGGUUUCCUGAGAAUAAUGAAAAAAAGAAUAAUAGUAUUGCGACAGAUAAAGUUUGGGAGGCAUCUCCUCUCCCAAAUCAAGGAUUUAGCAGACCCUUGUACCGACAAGAAUUUUAUGCCUGGCCACAUAUUCAUUCAGAAUACCAAAUGCCGCGGCAGCCACAACCUUAUGGGUUCGACAACCAAUUUUAUCAGAUAAAUAGGGACCACAAUUUUUCCGUUGAGAAAAGAGUUCAGUUCCCAUUGAAGAUGCUCCCUCAAGGUUACCCUCAUGACGCACAACUUCAGGAAUUUCAAUAUUUUGUGGUUAUCGACUUUGAAGCUACCUGUGAUAAGGAGAACAAUCCACAUCCACAAGAGAUCAUUGAGUUUCCAUCUGUCUUGGUUAACAGUGCAACUGGACAAUUGGAAGCCUCCUUUCAAACAUAUGUUCGGCCGGCAUAUCAUCAAAAUCUGACCGACUUCUGCAAGGAGCUUACUGGCAUACAGCAGAUUCAGGUGGACAGAGGUGUACCUCUAAGUGAAGCCUUGCUCAUGCAUGAUAAAUGGUUAGAGGACAAAGGAAUUAAGCACAAGAACUUUGCUGUUGUGACCUGGUCGAACUGGGAUUGCCGUGUGAUGCUGGAAUCAGAAUGCAGGUUCAAGAGCAUCAGGAAGCCCCCUUAUUUCAACAGGUGGAUCAACUUGAAGGUUCCUUUCCAGGAAAUGUAUGGGGGUGUCCGUUGCAACUUGAAGGAUGCAGUUCAGUUAGCUGGCCUCACAUGGGAGGGCCGUGCCCACUGUGGGCUCGACGAUGCGCGCAAUACUGCUCGUCUACUCGCGCUGUUGAUGCACCGGGGCUUUAAGUUCUCCAUCACCAACUCGCUUGUGUGGCAACCUGCCCCACAGCAAAUAACAUGCCAGCCAUUGCCUGACCGUUCUCUAGAACCCACCCAAUUGCAGCAGAAGGCGAAAGAGAUGCUGUUGGGACCUCAUGUCCAGGUUAAUCCAUACGCUGGUAGCACUGCAGGGAAGGACAAGCCAAUGUACUGCUACUGCGGAGUGCUGAGCAGAUGGAGCGUCGUACGCAAACCGGGGCCCAUGCAGGGAAGGUAUUUCUACGGAUGCGGCAACUGGACCGUCACGAGGAGGGCAAUCUGCCCGUAUUUUGCAUGGGCGUCGUGAAUAUAACGACGAUGACGCAUCUCGAGCAAGUCUCGAGGAGGGCGAGGAAGCCGUGGUGCUUUAACUAGGGGAGGCUACUAGUUGCGGUUAUGGGCCCUUGCCGUGCCUCCCCUUGGUAUAUAUGAUAUGACUCUGCUCAUAAGACAAUGGAAGUUGACUAGGUAGUGUCUAACCUGUCAUACUGACUUCUGUUGAUAGAAGAGAAUGGGGAUCAGAUGCUGCUUAGGAUGCUUUAUCCGCGAAUAAUCUUAAGUUUGUGGCUGCUCGUUUAUAACUUAAAAUGGAACUCUAGUAGGUGUGCUUUGUGAAAGUGUGGUUUGCGGGUGUUUGGUGCCUGAUUGAUUGUCCAAGAACAAGUAUACACAUGGAACUGAAUCAUAUCUAAAGGUUUAUAUAGUGAUCAGAUUUGGGCCCGCCCAGCAGCAUA